AUGACGAUCUCCGUCUCUCCUGUCCGCCGGUCGCACAGCGCCAGCUGCAAGAUCCUGCAGGGGACCGCCGCCACGGAUGCGGGCUACGUGGACGGCGCCUGCGUGCAGAUUGGAAAUCCGGCCUGCCCUGCCCAAAACGAGGACGAGAUCUGCGAAACGUUAAAGUACGACAGCGGGAAAGGGUGGGAUCGCUUCGCCGUGUAUAAUGCUGACUUCCUGGAUGCUGCCCGGAGCUCCACGAUUGGGACCGCUUCCGUUGAGUGCGCAGGGGGUAAGCCGGGCCGGUACGUGGUACUGGAAUUGCCCGGCGCUGCCGCGGGGGAGGUCCGCAUACUGCAAAUUACACAGGUGCGGGUGUUUGGCAAGAGGCUCGCGACCAGUGUAGAAGUUGCUACCGCCCCUCCUCCCAGUACCAGUGUGGCGCACGUGGUCACCUCCGCGACGACCUCCGCGACCAUCGCCCCGGCGCGGAAGUGCCUGUGCCCCAACGGGAUCCCUUCGGAAGGAUUUGCUUGCGCAGUGCAUGGAACGCCCGACUGCGUGGCCUGUCGUCCCGGAUUCCACCUGUACGCAAACCGGCAGUACUGCGGAAAAAACGGGUGGAACCGCUACGACGGCCCCGCCUUUAUGUAUUCGGAUCGCUUCCGGCACACUCUGUCCUACGACGCGCGGGCGUCUACCGUGCGCAUGCACAGGCCGCUCCGGCUUCCAAGCGGCGACUUGGCAUACCCCAUCCCCGGUUUGGUGGGGGUGCGCAACACGCGCGACCCCGCGGCAGAUCCGACCGAAACGCAGAUCGUGUCGCCCAUCUGGGACUACUUUCUUCCCCGCACAUCGGGUAGUGGGCAGUUCGAAGAGGUCGUGCUCACGAUCAAGUGGAACGACCAAGGCUGGGGGAGGCAAAAGGUAUUUCUCAUUGUGCGCUUGCACACCUCGCUGCACAACGUGAUUGCGGAAGACCUCGUGGGUCCGGCGCCGCACGAGUACUCCAAGGACGGGCAGCGCCGCGGACCCUGCACGACCUGCACCACCGACUACGAUUACGGGGGCGACACCUAUCUGCUCACCUACCACGGUUUUAGCACCGUCUACAGUGCCACCGGCGGGAUGUUUUACCGGCUCUACGCCCUGAUCCCGCAGGGCGCGGAAAACCAGUUCCGCAUGCAGAUUCACGGCAUUCGCAUGCACGCCAAGCCGUGGGCAACCGGGAUUCCCGACACGGCCGCCCGCUACAUGUUCGCAAAAAGCGUCGUGAGCGGGCCCCUGCCUGCCACCACGCGACAGUACAACCAGACGACGCCAGGUUUCGUGCCCAAGGAAGAUGCGAUCUAUCCAAGCGUUCUGGAUCCCUUUGUCCAAGACCAGCACAGAGGAGGGCUCAAUCUCGCAACGGACGUCACGACCUCGUCCCGGCAGCAACAGCGUUUUCGCCUGGGAGACAACGCGGAGUUCUCUUAUCAGGUGGACAUAUGA